AAAAAAACAUUUGCUUUCAUUUUGUCAAAUUAACAGAUGUUUUGAUAUAUUUUUUGGAUAAAUAACAUCAAAAUUCCUUUUAUUUCUCAAAAUUUUCUAUCCAAAUUCAAUGAUGACCUAGCUCUUUAACAUCCAAACUUACCGCCUCGACGACCUGUGUUAAACAAUCGAUCACACAAGCAACUUCUAAGAAUCAUUUUGUAAUGGAAGGAGAAGGAAUGGUGGCGAUAGUACGCGCCCUGAGGAACUCCGAACUCGCCGUCACUGUGCUGGACUCUGGGAGGCAGUACACGCUACUACCCAGCCACCUGGCCCAGUCUCUAGCGAACAAAGUGCCAACAAAGCAGCCGAGGAUCGAACCCCAAACCUCCCCCCCCAUUAACUACAGACCAACGAUCAACUUCAACCCGGACCAGACACAUAGGCAUGACCUACAGGACUAUGCGAGGGACAGGACUAUAGAUCGGGGCGGUCCUUGGAGAAGCAAUGAAGUGAGGCAGAAAGCCACACAAUACCGUGAUGAUGGGCUGAUGGCGAGAGGCUCUCAGGCUGUGGAUGGACACUACGCCAGCACUUAUCAGACGGCUCACUGCCACGUGGUGCCGACGUCUCCGCCGAUGGAAUGCACUGAGUUCCCUCCGCAGAGACCACGGACGUGUCCUGGACAAGAGAAUUUUGUGGUAGGCGGCGCUGGGAGCGGAGAAACAUAUUCUAUACCUACCAGAGGCUCUUCUUUCAGGGGAGGCUGGACUGAACAAGGUCCAACAUCUCGUCGCUCGCCUCGUCGCUCGCCGGUGCGCUCGCCGACGGACUCGUUCGCGGCCUCGCUCCGCCGGUACCCGUCGCCGCCUCGAUCGCGGGAGAUGCUGCAGCGGCUGAUCUCGUAUACGCAGGCUAAGUUGUCAGGGUCCGGCUGCCGCAGCCCGCGCCGCGCCUCCCCGUCCCGGCUGUCAGACUGCCGCCCGGAGCCUCCACAGCGCCGCGUCAAGUCGGCCACCUGCUCAUCCAGGUCAGCGUACGACACGGCCAAGUACACCAACAACAGUCAGCGGACGUACAGCGUGCGAGCCGACCUGAUGAGGGAGAGGAGCGAGUCUCGGGGGUCGAGGGAGGGAGGGAGACGGAGUGAGAGCCAGUCUUUGCACGAGCAACCUUACAUGGACUCACCAUACAACGAAGCCUUCUUAUGCGACUAUGGCAAAAACUGUCCUUUAAAGAGCACAGAAGUCCAAGCUGCUCCAGUCAAAAUAUCCAAAGAAAUGUCCACUGUGCCACGGCCGUGUCCCGCGCAACGCACAAUAGCCUUAUCGAACUCGAGCCCGUCGUUACUAGCAGUCAUUGACCAGGAGGGUGAUACCUGCCAAGCUAAUCUAAACUCUAGCCCAUGUGCUAAAGAGUCGUCAUUUAAAAGCAAAGAAUCCCAAACUAAUGAUAUUAUGAACGUGAAUAAUAGCAACAAUGGAAAGAGUUUUGUCUUCAAUGAGAGACCUAAUACAGUCAGCCAUCGAAACUAUAGCACAGUCUACUUACUCCAGCAUAUGCAGCCAUGUUGUUCCUAUAGCGAGUCUUAUGCUGUUGUGAAAAAGGAAUCAGUAAGCAACCUUCACCGCGAGAUCCUGACAAUGCUUGAGGAAAUACCAAUCCGACCAACAUCAGAUCCGUAUGAGAAAACGCUAAGAAAGAAGACACUGCAACAAUUAUACAAUAAACUGAGGAACCUAUCUAACAUAGUUGAAACUAAAAGUACGGAGCAGGAUUUAUUAAGGAAUAUAAGGGAAGCUCUGAAAAGUGCAUUGGAAUGCGAGAAAUGUCGUAGACAGUUGAGGAAAAGACGAUGUGAGGCAACAAGAAUCAACUAUUCAAAAUUGAAACAAAAUAGAAGAAGAAAGCUGUGUGACUCAAAAAUUCAACAAACAACUAUGAAGUCAAGAAAGCAAAGCCUAGCAGAGCGUUUUGAGCACACAGUGCUGAUGUGGUUUGAAACUUUAACUCUAGAAUCGAAUGACUACGAGUAUAGGUUGGCAAUCAAAAACACAAUUUUGAAGGCCUUUAUUGAACAGCUACAAAAAUGUGCAGAAGACAAGCCUGACAAUCAAAGGGAAUACAAAAGUAUACUAAAAGGCGAGACUCUUGACUUUCUCGAUGAGAUCCCAUUAGUUGUAACUGAACCGUGUAACACAAGAGUUCACAUGCACAGAGUAGCCAACAAAUUGGUGGAGGCACUAUUAGAGUUGCACGCUGAAGAAAAAUUACUAGAAAAAGUAAGUGGUUCAUCAAGACUGAUGAUGGGCAACAGUGAAUCCACUGACUGCGUUUUCAACGAUCAUAGUUUUACAAUAAUACAACCAAGAGAAGAUGACAUCAAAAGAGAAAUCAGAUCAGAGCUCAAACAUAUUUUAUCCGUUAAUUUUACACGCGAUACAAUUGACAAAAUUGAACAGGAUUUAUCUGAUAUAAUUUUGGACUCUAUGGAUGCAAUCAGAUUUGAAAAGGAGGAAAUUGUUAUAAUUGAAAUGAUUGACGUACUUCGAAACAAAGCGCAUUUUAAAACAAGCAAAGCUUGUGUUAUUGCAAAAAUGAUUUUAAAACGUAUAAAAAGAUUUCGUACCCGAAACAGUAUACUCAAUUGUCCAUACGCAAUGGAAAAACCUAAUUUAAUGAAUAAAUGCUCUUCGGAAACGUACUUAGUAUAUCAGGGUACAUCUGAUUUCGAUGCCAUAUUGCCAUACGCCGAUGAUGACGAUGAGGAUAUCAGUUUAACUGGAAUAUCAAAUACUGAUAUAGAUAGCAAUGUUCUGCGUUAUAAGGAACUUAUAUCACAACAAAUUGAUAAAUGGCUUUCAAAUCUCAAAGCCCCAUUGGUCGAAGAGCAAGGAUUUAGGCAGUUGGUUGUUAAUGAUUUGGCCACCGACAUUGUUGAUAGGCACAAAUACGUUGAGCUAAACCCAAGCAAAAAAGUAAGUGAUGUGGAAGAACUUAACUAUCUACGCUAUCAGAUAUUUAAAUGGAUAAAUAAAUUGGCCGGUGAGAAAAACAAGGAAACAAUCUUACAAGCUCCCGAGCUUAUGAAGAUGAUCAACAGUAUUCCUGUGCCUAUCCUCACAUCUCCUGAACAAGCGAGAGCGCUUAGUAACCGUGCACAAUUUCCAACCUGCGGCAUCAAACGUCCCACCGACGUAGACAACAUUGUGACCGUCACGAGUGACUGGCUUAAAGCUAUACCGGCACAAUUCAAACCAAAGAAACCUUUCACCUUAUGUCACUCAAAGCUAACGGAAAGUGACUUCAUAGAAAUGAGAGCUGAAGAACUGGCAGAUUCAUUGCGCAAAGGUAUCAACAAAACUAAAUUUCCAAACGACUUUAUUGAUGCUGUAAUAGACGAGUGGGCCAAGAAACUAUGGAAGAAGAGGCGCGCGGAACACUUCGACUUACUAUUGGAGCUGAAGAAAAGGUUAAAGCAUAUACAGUUUGUUGAAAACACAGGCAGUUAUCGACAAAGUGCGAGAGGAUGCCUGAAUACCUCAAUGCCAGUUCAUGUCAAAAGGAAGGCAGCUGAACGGAGAAAGUCAGCGCCGGCAGCUGCCUGCAAAAAGUCAGGUGGAGGAGAAUGUCAAGCAAAUUCCGGUGAAGCUCCAGAUAAUCAGGGCAUAAGUCAAGAAGCUCCAAUCCAACAAGUACAACCUAAUCCACCAUCGAUAAUACCAAGUUCUUCAAACCUCCCACACGACUCACCACCAACGAAUGCAACUCAACCUCCAAGUGGCCCAGUUAUAGCUGAAAGAUCAUCCUUACGAAGACCAGAAAAUGGUGCGAAUCGAAAUACCAAACAAAAGAAAGUUAACCUCAGUCUGCCUAAUGAGCUAGAAACAUCACCAGAAAAUGAUAAUAAUUCACCACAUUCGCAGUUACCUCAGCAGCGGCAAUCACUACCUGGAAGUAGUCGUGAAACUCGUGAAGCCAAUGCUCGGAUCAGAGCUCCACUUACCCUAAACAGUGAACCCAAACCGUGUGGAUCGUCUUGCCCAAGUUCACAAGGAAAUACUGGAGAAAUUCUGACCAAUCUUGAACAAUACAUACAGAAAUGGGCUGAUGAGGUUCCAAUAGAAACACAAACUAACGAACAGCAGGAGUUUGCUGCAAUGGCCAGACAGGGGAUAAGAAAUGGUAUAAUUAUGCAAAUAAUUAAAAUCAGAGCGGACCCAGCCGCUGUAUCAGACAUUUUUUUAUGUCAAGAUAUCUUGGCCCAACGAGUGGAUGAGCUUUUAGACUGCCUGCCUGAGACUCCGGAGCUGCUAGCGAAAAGAAACACAAUGAGGGCCAAUUUACUGGAGUAUGUUUGCAACACGAAUGAGCAACUACAGCAAGCAAGCAGGCAACCCCAACCUGAACCUACUGAAUUGUCCUUUGGUAGUCCAGCUUAUAUGCAGCGGUACAUACGCGCAAGGUAUACGGGGGAAAACGAACAGAUUGCACAGGUAUUCCAUUGGAGAUUAAUAGAAGCAGUCAAAGAUUUCGUAAGACAAUUCCAGGAGAUGGGUGGUGAUGAAAACUCAGAUGAAUUGAUUGAAGGGUGCAAAGCUGCCAUGGAUCGGGUCAAUAUUCCCGAUGAUCGUGAUGUUUACUUGCAUGUGCUGCCAAUACACGUUGAAGAGGAAAUAAAAAUAUGGAUGCAUAAUUACGUAAGGAGGAGACCACUUGCGCAAGACAGCUUGGUGGCUUUGAGGAAGUCAUUUGCCCAAGAUGCCGCGAAAGUCAUAACGAAUGGCCAAAAUAUAAAAGAUUUGCAUAAAGUUAUAGAAGACUUUCUCGCUCAAGUUAUUGAGGAACCACAAAAGCCUUACAUUCCAAACCUAAUAGAAUUAUUAGAGCAGAGAUUAAGACAGAAUACUUUUAUAAAUAGCCCAACCUUUAUUGACAAUAUAUUUAUGGUCAAUUACGACGAUUUCGUUUAUGAUGCCAUGAAUUCAACAAGAAAUCCAGACUGUCCAUUGCCCUGUCGACCGCCUCCAGACGCAUUGUUGCAGAAACGUAUGGAAGUCCAAAACGCACCGCCCGCGGAGCACUCCUUACCCACGUGGUUAUAUGAAGGACGUGACCAUCCACCGACAGCCUCAUCUAGUUCACACCCUGGCAGAAAUCAGUUAGAAAGCAGCCAAAGUCCUAGACAAGUUCAGAACACUUCCUCAGCUUUACAUUCCAUUCCUCAUCAAGGAUCUCGGCCAGUGAUGGCGUCGCCAGAUCAAUCUGCAAUCAGUGGGACACCAGUCAGUGUGGUAGGACCAGGACCAAAUCCACGAUGGGUACAACAGGAUCGAGGUCAGGAUGGGACGUUACAGUCUUUAGCUCGCACCGCUAACUCGAGUAGAUUUGAUCAAAGCCAAAUACAUGAAUCGUCUUUACCACAAAGGCAUUAUUCCGAGCUACGAGGAACGCCGCAACUUCAAUCCACGCCAAGGCACGCCUUGUCGCAGACUAGAAACUCCCCAGACAUUUCAGCCAUUGAAUUCAAUGAAUCUGCGUAUGUAUCGAAUGCGCCAGUGUGGUCGCCAGUCAAUGUACAAAGGCAACGUGAAUAUGAACUACCGCAAGACACAUUUACUCAUACGGACUUUUCAACCACGAUUGGAACGCAACAACGACUAAAUAUUUCGGACUGGAUGCCAUGUUCGGAAAAUGCGGAAGUGUGUCGCCAAGCUACUCCUGAGAUAGCACCGAAUAUCCAGCCUCAAGUCCAAGUCCCCAUGGCUGAACCCAGUGCACCUAGCAUGAGGCAUUCACAAGAAAUGUCUAGACCAGUGCAGUUAUCUUUCCCAAGUCCUGAGCAACCCAUUCACGAAGGUGUUGAGGUAUCCGUACCAGGAACACCAAUUCGCAGUCCUGAGCAAGCAUCAGCAGCCCCAUGUGGACAGCGAUCUCCAUGCUCACCCGUAAGACCGCCUGAAGCGUCCCCAAGGGCGAUUCAUGUUAGCUCACCAUCAACCACCCAACAUUCAGGAAUGGAUUCAAGUGUUUGGGGUGGAACCAUACAAAGGACGCCGCCACCACCAGUUGCUGUGAAUGCUGACGUCCACCAGCCAUCAUUAAGAGUCAUUCCCGAUGCUUCGCAACAAGAAGCGCCAAUACCACAGACAAUAACUGGUGGCCUAUCAGUGCCUCCUGCAUACCAAAGUAAACCGCUUCUGCAAGUUCCAAAACAAGACCGUUCUAUACCCUCUAAGUUUCAAGGAGCCACGUCACACCCAACAACAUCUUGUGAUCUUUUGCAAAAGGUUGCUACUGAAAUCGCUUUGAUGGGACGAGACUCCGCAGACAGCGCUAGACUAAGCACUACGGUUAUGGCUAAAGUGACUCAGUUAUUACAAGAUCCAAACAUAAUGGAAGACGAUUUUAGAUACAAGAAGUCUUUAGAGUCAAUGUUAGAAAGUGUACUUGAUCCUUUAAUGUUUCGUGAUGACCAAGAAAGAUCUUUGUACCUGUCUGAUGUCAUAAGUGCACUUUUUAGUGUAAGAGAAAUAAGAAAAACCGAGGAAGGUGUCCAUGAAUAUAGGAAAGAAAUAAAUAAUGUGAUAGCCAGACUCCUUACACCAAGAGCUAUAGCUACCCAUGAACAAGCCAACUUGGUGCAGCCUUUAAUAAACAACCUGAAAGAAGUUGCAGGAGACGCGUUAGUUCAAAUGGUUUUUGAUCCAAACACCAUAAGUUCUUGCAAAAGAAAACUUUUAUUUGAAAUUGAUCAAUACAUCGCAGAGUCGUUAAAUAAUAAUUUACAAAUCCCUCUUUCUGGUGAUGAAGCUUUAAACACCGUGUUGCCGGCUUUGGAACAAAUUCCGCCACCACCGCCGGAAUCUUUGACGGAAGAUGUUGAGCUCAUAAGACUUAAAAACGAAGUUUUAGAAUGGUUCAAAACACUUCCUUUGGAAGCAGCUUCUCAGGAAGAGCAAUUACAAGAGAAUGCUAUAAGGAAUGUGCUUGCGAGAAGAUUGCACGCUGUUGAAAGAGAAGAGGUACCGUCAUCUCCAAAUUACACCGAAAGAAUUCUUUACGAAGCCAACAGAUGGCUGCGAGAGCUGAGACUGCUACCGGGAGCAAACAUGCAGCAAUUAUCUGAGAAUUUACUUAAUAGACUCCGAAGCACUGAGGGUACUAGAAACACCCACGGAACAAGCGUAGCGCGAUCUCAAACGGGUCGUUCUGGACCCACCGCACCAGUGACAAGUGACCCUGCACGAAGAUUGUUUGACUCCCAACCAAUUAGACGACCUGAACAUGUAGAUAGGGAUAAUAGACCAAUCAGGCCUGCUCGUAGACAACGGACAUCUCUUGAGGAACAAAUCACGUCUGAUGAUGAGGAAGAAGAGGAAUGCCGAUGUGGAGAGGUCCAUAGGAGACGGAACUAUUGUAUGCCGACUUACAUGCCCCAUUGCCAUGGGAGUUAUAGAGGAUAUGGACAUCGUCAUAUGCCGUACUCAUGCCCUUACUACCGCUAACUAUGAGUGUUAAUUAACGUACCUAAUUUUAUUUCAAAAUAUAAUAAUAUUUGAAAUGACUAUCAUGUCUAGUAAUCAAUUAAGAAUCAUCACAGUAAUUUCUUGGGUUCGUCUUAUAUCAACAUUUGUUUUGUUUUGAGUGUUAAAUUAAAUGUAAACAAAAUAAUA